CCAAAAUAAACAUGGCGACCAGAAAAAAGCUUCCCAAUUUAAAAAUUUGCGUUGAUAACACAGAAUCAACCGAUGAAUCUGAUGUAGAAAUUCAAGGAUCAGAUUCUUCGAGCGCUGAUGAUAACCAUAGAUUUGGGAUAGGAGGUGGAAAGAAAAGAAGUGGUUCAGAAGAUGGAGAAGUAGAUGAAGAAGAUGUAUUAUCGAUAGCUUCGAAUGGCCCAACAGAGAGACGCUUUCUUUCAAGGACUGCUGUUAGAAAUAAAAAAGAAUCUACAUACGGGGUAUGAUGCUAAAUGUUAUUUUGUAGGAUUAUCUGAUAUAUACUUAUGGUUAAUUAAAUACUUUAAAUAAAAUACAAAUGAAAAGGUAUUAUUUUGUCAUUAUUGUUUUUAAAAAUCAACAAUAACUUUUCAAUAAUAAAAUUAAAACUUAAGUCUUAAAACCAGCUAUAAAUUUGCAAGAAAAACAUUUAUUUUAAGUUUAAGGCUAUGUCGGUAAAUUUUGAGAACAAGGCUCGCGAUGGCCGCCAUCUUGGUUGACACAACCAGUUAAUUCUGUCACUAAUGUAUCCUUAAAUCUUUCCCUAUGCCUAACCUGAACCCUAAAUCGAUCCCUAUGGCUAACUGUUUGAACCUUAAAUCGAUCCCUAUGCCUAACCUGAACGCUAAUUCACUGCACCUAUAAUAAACACCCAAAUGACAUCAUGGGCCUCGUUCUCAACAUUAGCCGCAAUGUCAAAUAUAUACCCUCUAAAAAAGCACUGGUUUAUGUAGGUACUUUGUAAAAAAAUUUUAAAAUUCAAAAUAAUAAUUUAUUAAUUACAGUAAUUUAGAGCAAAUUUCAAAUAAAAAAAUGAAACCAGAAUCAACUUUUUAUUUUUAGCUUAAUUUAUUUUUGAGUUACAAAUUUUUAAAGUGUGAGCUCGUUAGGUAUUUUUUACUAUGGACGAAACCUCCACAUCUUGUGACCUCAUUCCGCUGAUCUCGUCAUGCGCAAUGACUAAAUUAACUAUAUUGUUUAUAUAAAUAUAAGGCAACGCAUCCCCUUAUCACUAAAAUACUGUUUAGGGUCGACUUAUUUUAAACUUUCAACUUUGGCACAUGAAUAAUUAAUUAAAGCUUUCCCUGACAAAUAGUUUAAUAGUUUUUGCACACGGGAAACUCUUAUGAAUGAAACUCUGAGGUGGUACGAUAUAGCCAUUAUUCAAGUGGCUGUGAAUGGUUGCCAAUAACAACGUGUUGCACACUGAAAAUUCUGAUCAGUUAUAAUAUGGACUCUACGGGUUUUUAAAGCUCAAAUUAAAACAUUCCAUUUUAAAUGUCUUCAAAAUGCAUUCUAAAACACAAGUUAUCAAAUAUUUUUAUGUAAAUAGUGGUGAUAAUUAAAUAUUUCCUCAGCAUCUGCAUCUUCCGCCAUUAAAAAGGGGGCAUGGCCCACGACAUGUCAAAAUUAGGCCGAGCAACCUUAUGGUAAUGUGGGUCUAGGGGACAAGCAUAGUGAAAGUCGGACAUGACAUGACCUACAUCAAUGAGAAUUGGCACACGUAUACUUCAAGAUCUAAUGCUUUACACUUUUUAAUGUGAAAGACCUUUUCUUUUUAUUUCACUAAAAAAAUUUGUAUGUGAAGAGGCCUUACAUAUACAAAAGAUUUUAAAAAUAAAGGUCGAUUGAAAAAGCAAAAUAGCUGGGUGGAAAUGUAGGCCAAGAUGUGUUCCAAAGUGAAAAGGCAGAAGCGGAACUCAAUUAUAUGUCAAAAGGACUCAUUGACACUCUCAUUAAAAAAUUAAAACGUCUGAUUUUACUGAGCCGAUGCCCAUUUCCGAUACAAAUUUUAAAGUAGUCUCCCUUGCUUUACCGAAGUAUCUAGUUUAAGGUUUGUACAUGUCUAAUUAAUUAAAGCUUUCCCUGACUGACCUAUGGUUUAAUAGUGUUUGCACACGAAUAUCUCUUAUGAAAGAAAAUUUUAGUAUAGCUGCAUGCAAGUGGAUGUGAUUCAGAAUGGUUGCCCACUGCAAAUAUUGAUAAUUUUGAAUGACUCCUCCAACAUUUUAAGCAUGAAAUAAAAAAAAAUAUUGUUUGAUUGUCUUCUAAGUUCAUUUGCACACACUAUUUAUCAAACAUAUUGAUGUAAAUAAUUUAGGUACUCUUGCAGUUCAGGUGUGUAUAUUAUUUCUUAUUGAAUUUCGUUUCAUCACAUGUAAACUUAGGUGUAUUCUUCAUUAAAUUAAACUAGGCAGUGAUAGUUAACUAAUACUGAAUUAUACAAUGCUUAUUUUCAUAUUAUUUCAUUUCUAAAGUGUAUUUGAGCAUCCCCAAACCUUCAAUAGCUCCAUUUGUUUUGUAUUUUUUACCCUGUUGCCAGAUUUUUGAUCACCUAAGUUGGUAUGCUAAACGAAAUUUUCAAACUGUAGGCAUGUUCACAAAAAGAAUGAGAUGGGGGGGGGGGUAUGGGCAUGGGUGAAUGGAACGAGAUAUAACUUAAUACACAUACACUUGAUAAUCCAUAUUCAAAAACAAUUUUAAUUUUUCCUAAAACUAGCCAAUAUACACGGUGUAGCUGGUGAUGGCAUUCGGAAUUUAACAUCUUUAAAAGCCCUUUAGCUAACAUCUAAAUUUUGGGGCCUAUUUUUGGGAAUGUGCUUUCAGUUGAAAAAUUGCACUCUGGCAUGUAGGGUGAAUAAAAAAAAACCUCAAGAAUAUGGAGAGAUCGUUUACGCUCCCGGCUAUGUACCAAUGUGGGCCGUAAAAAUCAAUAAAAAAUAGAUUAGUGCUGUACAAUUUAGUGUUAGAGUUAACUAAUACUGUCUGGAUAAAUUUUAUAAAGAAUACACAUAAGUUUACAAGUGGUAAUACGAAAUUUGAUCAGAAAUAAUAUACACAUCUGAACUGCAAGAUUACCAUAAUUUAAAUAGUAGUUAUAAUUGAAUACAUAAGUAUUGGCAUAUUCCUCAAUUUAAAAGAGGGGCUUGGUCACAACCUAAACAUUACUGGGCUGAGAGACCUUUUGAUAAUGCUUGUUACCGGAAUGAGCAUAUUGAACGUUGGACAUGAAUUACAUCAAUGAGAUUUGGCACACAUAUACAUAAAUAAAGUGCUUUUCAAUUUUAUAUGGAAGACUUUGUCAUAUAAUGUCUUCAAAAUUAAUUUAUGGAAAGAUGCCUUAUAUAUUCCUAAUUUUUUUUUUUCAAAAUUAGGGUCGAUUGAAAGGGCAAAAAAGUACAAAGGAAAUGUAGGCCAAGAUGCCUACUAUUGUUAACCUGUGAAGGAUACCAAUUUUUAUGACAAAAUAGUCCUUUCACUAAUGAAAAAGCACCUUUGUCUAAAAAUUAAAGAGUCGGAUGCAUUUGUAGUGAAGCCCCUUUCCGAUACAAAUACUAAAAUACUAAUCUCCCUUGCCUUACCGAAGUGCUUAAAACAAGUCAUUAAAUUGAAGUUUUUGUCAAAAUACCCCACAAAAAGUUGAAUUAGUCUAAAGCAAAGACCUUUUCUUUCUUUGACUUUGAUGCUCUUCUUGAAAAAUGUUUCAAAAUCAGGUUGGCAGCUAGUAAUCAAUUAGAUUUCGGUCUACCCAUUAAUUUCUUGAAAUUAAAACUAAAAGUUUGGACGGCUCAGAAUAGAUUGUCCAUAAGCUAGUCCAUAUUCAGUUAAUUAAAAAUGCUUAGUGCCUAUUUAAAAUCACUGCUAAAUUAAUCGAAGCUGUUAAUGAUAUUAUGGAAAUUAAAUACCAUUAUUCUAAAAAAGGGUUGGCCUGAUUAAUGGGUAGAUAAAUGAUGUUAAAAAUGUAAUAGGCUAAUAGACAUACAAUUGAUAGAAAUGUCAGUUUAUUUAAAACAUUGUGACUUGUUAUUGCAAUAAUUAAGGGGCCAUCCAUAAAUGAUGUUAUACUAUUUUGGCCCCAGCCCUAGUAACAAAUUUAUCACAAAUUUCCUAGUAAAAAAUUCCCUCAUAAUACAUCAGGACAAGUAUGUUAACCCCCCAAUCCCCACCGAAAAUUCAUGUCAUUUAUGGAUGGCCCCUAACAUUUACAAUAAACAUUAACAAAAUGAAAUAUUCUCCUAAUCUUGUCCGUCAACAUGUUCAUGAAUGAGUUUGUUCAUAUUAUGAUAUUACUUAUUUCCCCCCUCUCAAUAUUAUACAUAUUUGACAAAUUUAAAAGAUACAAAUUUUUAUGUAUUUUUAAAAAUUUUUAAUAGCCCAAAUUUUAUGAAAACAAAUCUGGCAAUUUUGUGACUGGCGUGGAUGUGACGUUUGAGGUAAGUUAAAAAGUUAAAUAUGAAUGGCGUUGUCGUCUAUGUUACCUUUAUCUUGUUUGGUUAUAGGCAAUGAAACAUUUUAAUAAAUAAAUUACAUUGUAACUGAAUAAAAAUUCUGUAUGGGAUGAUGAUCGGUAAAAUGUUUUUUGAAUAUGUGUACUACCAAUAAAAAUGGCUUGUAAGUUAAUGACAUUUAAAAGGGUAAGAGUCCACAUAAUAACACACCUGUUUUCUUACAAGUGAGGGUUUAAACAUUUCAUGAAAUCAAGGUGUGUUUAAUAUGUAUUAACAUUACUUAAAAAACAGAAAAAGAUUUAGGCAUCUCUCACAUCUGCUCUCACUUACCAGUGAAUUUGUGGUCUAUGCAUACAGAGACCUCUUCUGCCUCUUCUGUCUUUGAAUUUGAUUGUUUCUUCUUGGGAAAAAAUGGAUGAUCAGUUUACUUUUUGUAUCACACAAUUAUUUCAAGUUGCUAAGUGUAUAGAAAAACUGUUCAUCUAGAAAUAAUUUCAAAAUCAGUUUAUGAUAAUUCAAGUGAAUUUUACCUUUGCAAAAUAAUGUUUGUUCCUUCACAAUAACUAACCAUUGAUAUAUUUUUUUUUGUAUACAGGAAGCCUCUGAGAAUUGGAAGAAGAGGGCAAUGAAAUUUGGCACACUGAGUACACCAAAGCAACCUAUUACAGACAUAGACAUAAAGAAUCUUUACAAAAGGUAAACUGUGCUAAGAAAUCAAAUAGAUUAUAAGGUGGGAUGCUUUAGCAGCUGUUAACUACGAAGCUGAGAAAUGAAAUUUUGUCAUUGGCGGAUAUUACCUUAAAGCCAGUUCUGAUGUCAAAAGCUUUCUCAAAGUUGUCCCAAAUGAUCCACGCAGUCGCAUUCCACUCAUGAACAUGCUCUAAAAUCUUCCUUAAAACUAAUAAAAAAAAUAUAUGAUCUAUGCAAGAGCUCCUUUUCAUCAACUGGCAAGGCCUGUCAGAGUUUUUUCUCCAGGCUAUAUUAUUCUUUGUGGUAUAACAGUACAGAAAUUUUGGCUUGUAAGCAACAGGAAGUUCAUGCCCAACCAGUUGUCGCAAUCCCGUUUUAGUUUUUUAGACUUCCAAGUGGUUGUUAUCUUUUCUUUGUUAAUAGGAUAUUAUUAAACCAUCUUACAAUGGUUUGAUUAGUAGUUAAUAUUUGAAAAUGGUCACUAAAAUUUGAACUAAUUGUUUUCUUUUUAUCUUAAAAAAAAAUUCAAAUUGUCAAUUAAAUAUUUUUUUCUAGCUUGGGUAUGAAUAUAGAGAGGUUAGAUGAGGACCCUCGUGGAUGGAGAAUGGAGGCCAUCUUGCUACGAGGAACUGAUAACAUGAGCACCACUGAUGUCUUUGACUAUUUUUCUGAGUAUGCGCCAAAGGGAGUGGAGUGGAUUGAUGACUUUUCAUGUAAGUUAAUUUCCUAUACGUCCCUUGGUUUCACAUUAAAAAAACCCUGAAGAUUAAAAAAAAAACAACAGAAGGCAGAUUAGUUUUAUGGUAUCUUACUAUUUAUCUUGACUCUCCGCAACCCUAUUGGACUCAAAUGUUGCAGCAGAGAUCAUACAAAUGUUUACACUGAUGACUGAAAAAAAAAACCUCCAUAGUCCAGCACAUAAUGUCAUGCCAGGGUUCAUUACUUUUAGAAGAAUAAUUCAUAUGUUUGCAGACAAUGAUAUUCAACUAAUUUAUUUAUUUCCAUUCACUUCAUCCAAAACCAUUCCACUGUUCAGCCUCAUGAGUUUAAGUUUAAAAUGUGAACAUUUUUAUUAUUAUUAUUAUUUUUAGCUCAUUGUUGUGUACUAGAUUUAGGGUUCGUGAAUGUUUGGAAGGGGAGUUGUUGAUCUGAGAGAUUUUGUGAGGUGUAGGACAUGAGGUUAGAUCCUGAAGAUGGUUCAUGGUGUUGAGUUAGUGUAUGCUGAGUGUUUGUUGUGUAGAGUUAUAAAAGGCGGUGUGCUAAUUGAUGUUUUAGAGAGUCAGAAUGAGCCAGUGUUGUCAGAAUAGCGGACGUUUUGUGAACUGAUAGUGCCUGUCAAAAUAAAGAAUUUUUAUAUCUUCUCUCAUCGAACAUUGGUUGUUAAUCUUAAAUGUGGACCAAGCAUGACUUUGUGGCAGUGAAGCUAGACAAAAGUGCCAGUAUUGAGUAUAACAAUCAUAAGAUUCGUCACAUGGAUUGGCCUUAAGAAAAAAGAUGUAACAUUUCGAAGCAAAGAUAUUCCUUUAAUAUUAUUACUUUUAUUAUAAAAUUUUUCUCUCAUGAAAUGUUAUGUCUAUAUAAUAAUUAGUCAUCAUAGGAGGGUGAUAUUUUUAUGUCCUUGUGAUCAUCAUUGCAGGUAAUGUUGUUUGGCUGGACAAGCUGACUCCAGCCAGAGCACUUAUAAAACUGAGCUCUAGUAAUGAUGAGAUGAAAACAGCAGAAAAGGUUGUUGACGACCUGAUGGGUAAGCUAUAAAGCAAACUUUAAUAUACCUGUAUGCUCAGCAAUUUUUUUUACUUUUCAAAAUUUUGGGUCAAAAGUGUGGGAGAUUAUUUUUGCCUUAAAUGUGUUCAAAAUUAAAUUAAAAGAAGUUGUAUGAGUAUGAAUUUUGAACAAUUUUUUGAUAGCUCUGUGAGAGUAAUUAAUUUUAAUGUGUAUUUUCCUAAUAGCGACUCCUGUUUUUUUUAAGCUUGCAUUGUUACCCAUUCAACAUUCUCAAGUGGAACAUUAAGAAUCAUAUGUUUUUAGACUUUUUUUUUUGAAUGAUAAUAGUUGUUAAAUUAAAUUAGUUAUAAAAACCAUUUUAUCUUUUUUAAAAAAAGUUCUGUCUUUGAUUAAACAGUUUUUUUGACUUGGCUCAAAUAGAUUUAAAACACAUCUCUUAAACAAUACUUAAUUAUUAUUUUGUAGGUGACAAGACAGUGGAGGAAGUGGGCACAAUAAACGCUGAUGUUAAAGAUAACGGAAAGUCAUUAGAACCCGUCCCCAUUGAAGUUGAAGAGACAGCUGUCACAGAGAACAAUGUGCCAGCAGAAAGUAUAACUAAAGAACCCGUUUUGAACAUUCAUGAAGAGGAACUCAUGGAGCUGGACUACGAUGAUAACCUAGAUCUGACAGGAGAUGACCCAAUAGACCAGGCCCUGUCCACUUGGUCUAACUUCACCCAAAACAAAAAGCAGAGGGCUGAGCGUGCCUCAGUAACAGCCCUGAGGAAAUCUGUGGACAGUAACGAAACACUGUCUGCAAAGGAAAGGUUAUCUGGGAAAAUUUCUGAGAAGGAGGUGGAUGAUUCAAGCAAAGAUGAUGGUGCAAAACAUAAUUUUAAAGACAAAGAUUCAAAGACUGUUCAUAAAUCUUUACCAGUUGACAAUAAAAAGUUAGACAAAGUGUUAGAAAGCAGCUCAUUAAACCAUAAAGCAACAGCUGACUCAAAAACACACUCAAAUUAUAAGAAAGAGGGGUUAAAAGGUGAGAAGAAAAUAAAGGAAAGAGAGACUCCAAAGAAAAUGGAGACGGAUGGGGGCUCAGAAUCUGACAGCAGCUCGUCAUCUUCUUCAUCAGGGUCAUCAUCCUCGGGUUCGUCUAAUUCAGGCUCCAGUUCUGGGUCAGACUCUGAUUUCGGGUCAGGGUCAUCAGCAAGUUCAUCAUCAUCAUCGUCCUCAUCAGCAUCGUCCACUCACAGCAAACAGAAAAAGGUGUGUCGUGCAAUAAUUUUAUUCUAUACUAUCCCUAUCAAUUCUAUUGUAAACUUAACAAUUCCUUAGUAAUUCAAAACAUACACCUGACAGUGUUAUUAUAUUCAAUUUUUUUGAUAUACUCUUGUUGGUAAAGUCACUCACAACAAAAAUCUUGUUUUGUUUAUUAAGUGGGUGGGGGGAGGAGAAAUAAAAAAGAGUGGGGUGUACAUACACCAUAGUGAUAGGAAUUAACAAUAAUCUAGUAAUUUUGUCUUGUUCAUAUUCUUCAAAGUGUCUGUGUCUAAACUAUCUGGGUACUUCUAGUAAGUGCACUUUAAUUUUUUUUUUUUUAAUUUUUUUUUGGGGGGUGGGUGGGGGGCAUACAAGGGUUCAUGUUCAUACAUAAAUAAUACAAUUCCAGAAAAAGACCCGCUCUGAAAGAGAUCAAGUAAGAGCCAUCAAGAAAACGGUAAAGAAACCUGAAGCGCCCCCAGUACCACCCCCAUCACGUGAAAAAAGUGAAAUUCCCUGGCCUCCUGGGUGGUGGCGUCUUGGGCAGCCGCAUCCAAAGGCGGAAUAUUUGUUUAUGAGAUAUGCAAUGAAAGGUAAAAUAUACUUAAGUAUUGGUUUAAAUUUUUGCUUAAGCAUCAAGUUUUUUUUUACAUUUCACCAUCUGUAGACACCAACAUUUUUUGAAAGUUUUGUUUUUGAAAAAAAAAUCAUGUUUGUCUUUUUAAAAAUACUUUCCAAAGAUACACAUGUUUACAUUUAAUUUAACUGCGUGCGUCCAGUUGUCAUCCUUCUAAGUCUAUUUAUUAUGAUUUUAAAGGGUUCUUACUUUUUUUCUUUUUCCAGCUGACAAAAAGGUCCCUGGUGCGGAAAAAAGGAGUAAAUAUUACCAAAAAUAUGGGAAUCCUAAUUUUGGAGGUAUGUCACCUAAGAUAUUUGUUUUGUACAUCUGUCUAUACUUAAUGCCUGCAGGGAUCUUCUUCUUCUAUAUUUUGAGGGACCAUGAUCAAUGUAUUGUUAAAGUCAUUGCGACUUUUGUUCAUACUAGUGAGUUCAGUUCUGGCUGAUGGGGUCAAAACAGCCUUUUAGACCCUCUUAAAUUUCAUCCCCUUACAUAAUUUUUUUUUUAUAUUCAAGGCUGAGGUAUUCAAUGCAAAAUUAUUUUUUUACCACUGGCUCAUUUUGAAAUAGCUCCCCCACCUUUCUUAGAUAAAAAUGAAACUAAAAUUAAUUGUUUGUGAAUGGGGACUCCAAUUCAUAUGAAUUGUGCAUGCCUCAUUUUGGAGGCAUUUUACAUUACCCACACCAGAGUUUCACUUGUCAUGCGGAAGUUUUUCCCAUGACAUUGGUGUUGUGAAAGAAACAUUUUUUAAAGUAAUUUUUAAACUGUUUUAUUGGAAGAAACUUUCUGGGAGCACUUUCUGGUUUAUACAUUUUAAAAUAUUUGCCAGUGACAGGUUCAGGAAUACAUUUUUAUUUGUGACAUUCUUCUGGUAUAUUUUUUUAGAUUAAAAAUUUAAAUUUAAUAUAAAAUACGAAACUGUUGUUAUUAAAGUCCCUCAAUAUCAGUAUUUUGUCCUUCCUUAAUUGGUAGAACUAAACAUAAGACAAUGUUAUGUCCCACUAAUAUGACUAAGUUAUCACAAUAACACGACCUGUUCAGCAUCUGUUUUUUUUUUUUUUUUUUUUAAUAAAGAAAACUGCUGAACACCAUCAAUUAUUUACCAUUUCUUUCUAUGUUUAGAUUCACUAUCCACUAAUCUAUGCUUGUUUUCUUACUGACCCUCAGGUAUCAGAGGCUUGAUCAGCAACUCAAGGUAAACAUAAAAAAAACACCCUUUUAUAUUAAGUCUCUCUCUCUUUUUUUUUUUUUUUUUUUUUUUAUUUUUUUUUUUUAUUUUUUUUUUUUUUAUUUUUUAUUUACAGCAUCUGUUUUUUUUUUUUUUUUUUUUAAUAAAAAAAAUUGCUGAACCCCAUCAAUUUUUUACCUUUUUUUUUUUUUUUUAAUUUCACUUUCAAUUAAUUUUUGCUUUUUUUUUUCCUGACCCUCGGGUAUCAAAGGCUUAUUCACAAACUCAAGUUAAACAAAAAAAAAAAACCCUUUUUAUUUAAUUCUCUCUCUUUUUUUUUUUUUUUUUUUUUUUUAUUUUUUUUUUUUUUUUUUUUUUUUUUUUUUUUUUUUUUUUUUUUAAAUUUUUUUUUUAACAUCUUCUAUUUUAAAUGUGUCAUUUCAUUCAAAUGUUAAUGCAGAAAUUAAUUCAUAGGCUAUUCUUGUAGUAAAAUGGUCCUAUGAAACCCUUUAUUUUUAAUAAUAAAUAAAUCAGAGUCUGAGAAUACAUUAGUAACACUUGUUAAAAUAAUAAAAUUGUUUUCAUGCUUUGUUUAGUGCUCAUCAAAUUUUCUUUAAUUAUGCAAUGUACAAAGUUCAUUAUUGGACAAAAAAAGGUUUAAGACACAUUAAAAUUCUAAUUCUCACAUUAAAUCCUCUGUCCAUCACCACAUCUCUCAACUUUACAUUUCAGAAAACGAAGAUUACGUCACUCUGACAGAGAAGAGGCAGCAGAAGUUUACUCUGAUGUGCCUGACAUGUUCAAAGGGGAUGAAGAAGAAGAGCCAAUCACUGUUCAAUCUAGGCUUUCAGGUCGUCUGGGAACUCGGGGAAAGGCCAACAGAAAGAGCGCAGAUGAGGAGGACUUUGAGGAGGGGGAAGUAGAAGAGGACGAAGAGCAGCCGGUACUGAAGGAAGGGAAAGAUUUGAGGGACGUCCUCAAUAAAAAAGUUGUGGCUGUCAGUUCUGUAGCAGGUGGGUAGUUUUAAAAAAAAAAAAAAAAAAAAGAAAAUCUGAUUGCUUCUUAAGGUGUGUUCACAGUGCAGACUUGUUGCAGCCACAAAGCUCAAUGGUGAAUCCAUGUUGAAAAUCCACUGACAUUCAGUGUUUACAAUCUCCAGCUGAUAAGGAUAUCUCACACAGGUGUUCACACUGAGCAGGCACAAAAAUUGAAAAACUUGUAUUUAUAUGUACUAAUAUGUGCUAGCGCAACUGUCAGCAUCCUGGGGCUGCAUGUAACUCUUUAAGGGCCGUAAAGUACAUCACGCUCCGGAGGGCUGGGUUCAAAAAAAGGGAAGAUCUUAAAAAUCAUAUAUAGACUAUUUAAAAAAACUGACAUUGACAGUGAUCUUGAGAUUAUUUCUUUUGUGAUGGGUGUAUUCUGACAAAAGUGUUUUAGAUUAAAUUUUAAUUAUUUAUAAUUUUUGUUGCAAUUUUGUGGUUUGAAAAUUUUUACUUUGUGGGAAGGGGGGGGCCUGAGACUUGUGACUGGGGAAUUAUUAAAAAAUUGAGUGACAUAAUUUAUGGAUGGCCCCUUAUUUGAAUAAAUUUGGAUUUUUUUUUCUUUUUAACUAUCAUUUUACCAAUACAAUGCACAGGAAAAUUAAAAUGUAAAAUAAAAACAAAAACUCUAAUUCAAUCCAUUUUUUAAAAACGAGACAUGGUUCCUCCAAAAUCUUUUCUUGUUUUGCCCACUCCAAUAAAAUCAAUCUUGAAAUUUAUUUCACAAAUUUUAGUCUUCGAACUACAAAAUUUAUGUGGCUAUUGAAUACAACUAUAAAAUUUGUAAACCAGUCAGCUGAUAAUAAAUUGAUUGUGUUGCUCUUUUUUUGUGUGACCCCUUCAUUUUCGACCAUUUGCUCUAUUACUAACGCAUCCUCUGAUGACGCUUGUGCAUUGAUAAACAUGUGUUGGGAUUGUUUUUGUAUAUUGCCAGCAACAUUCAUCAAACCCAUGAAAAUGAAACCUGUUGGCCCCGUUUUUGUUACGAGUAGCACAAAGUCUCAGAAAUCUCAGGAAUUGUAUUGCAAAGGUCUAUCCGGUUGAGAAUCUCAGAAAUAAUCUGCAUUGUAAAGUACCUUUAUAGCUUAAUUCAUGUUCUUAAUUGACCUGAUGUAAAAAUUGCCUGAUAAAUGAUUAGAAGUGAUAGGUCUAGCCAUAGUUGUGAAUUUUGAAGAAAAUCAUUGUAAUAAUCUUGACAAAGGGCUAGUUUUAUGAAUACCACGUUGUCACUAAAAUUAAAUUCCCUUAGGCUCAUUUUUUUUUUUUUUUUUUUUUGGGGGGGGGGGAAUUAGCUUUCUUUUAAUUAUUUUUUAAAUUUUCUGCUGCUACCUACAAACAGUUUUCUGUUCUUGCCUUGUUCGUCUCCAUUAGGCUUUACCACUGAAAUGCUGCAGCUUUUCUUUUUUUUCUCUUAUGCUUUUAUAAAAAAAAAAUCUAUAUGAAAUUAAUGAAAGUUUUUUUAUUUAAGCCGUUUGCAACACUGGUUUCUUAAAACAAUUAGUUAUUCUAACCCAAAGCCAAAUUACCAAUUCCAAUGUAAAACAACUUGUGCUAAAAAAAUUAGUUUAAGAUAAAUAUUUUUUUUUCUUAGAGUUAUUUGAAUAUAAAUUGUGUUCCAUUUAAAGGCAUCAGAUUUGCCUGGGUGUUUGUUGCCUUAUGUUUGUGUUUGCGAGACAGACGAAAAACUUUUUAAAAAAAAAUAUAUUACUGAAAUUAAUAUUAAAUGUAAAUCAGUUUUUUAAGUGAUUUUGAAGAAUCAAAGAUUAUAUGGGGGCAACAAUUUGUAACACUUGGUGUGCUGCAUCAUGUCCCAAAAAACAUUAUUAAAUGUGCUCCAAAAAUUUUCAUCAUAAUAUUGAAAACUGUUAGGAUUUGAAAAUGAGGAUCUUACAUUACCAAUAACUGUCAUCAUUCAAGAAUAGCAUAAAGGGGAUUAAAGCAAUAUUUAAUGCUGGAAAUAGUUGCAUUGACAUUGAAACAGACAGUGAUAUAACAUUUCCACAUUGCAUGUUUCCCAAGGUUGGGUCAGGUCAUCAUCAACCCCAAACCUUUUGGGAAGCCUUAUCCAGGAUACUGUUACCAGCCCAUCCUUACUGUUACCAGCCCAUCCUUACUGUUACCGGCCCAUCCUUACUGUUACCAGCCCAUUCUUACUGUUACCAGCCCAUCCUUAUUGGCCUGGUAUUUGGGCAAGGAGUAGUAGAUUCAACAUUGGUGUGUGGAAAAAGGGGGGGGGGUGAGGGAGGGCUGUUUGCAAAUUUAACAAGGAGAAGGGAAGUUAAAUACAACAAAUCAAACCCCUCUCUCUUUGCCUAAACCAUCCACUUAGAACCUAGCAUGGCCCUGUAGGAGGUUUAGCACUCCAGUGAGCUGUAUUGAGAGUCAAUGAAAGGAGUUGGAUGUCAGCACCUGAGCCAGGACACCCGCAGGUUAAUGUGUGUGUGUGCAGAACCAGUGACACUCUCACACCUAGACUGUUUGAUUAAAGCUGGUCAAAUUUUACCUGCAUUUUCUUGUCUCAGCAAGUGGACAAAAGUCCUCGAGGAUGUAAAUUUGAUUGAUAGUAGAUCUAUAAUCAACUGUUUGGUUUUGAGGAUUUGUUUUGACUAGCGUUUGUUUAAAGUUAUCUUUUUUCUCUCACCAAUUCUAUCAACAAAUACUCACAAAUAUAUCAUUCCUGCUGAUGGUUGAAAAAUAUCAUGAAAAUUUAAUUUUUAAACAUUUGUUUAAAAUUCAAAAGUAAGAAUAAAUAAAACUAUAAGAUAAACUGUUUAUCACCUGGGCUGUCUGGUCAAGUGUAUCAACACCUGGACUAAACAAAACUAUUUUAUGGCUGUGGUUGUGUGGUCAAGUGUAUAAACACCUGGACAAAACUACUUUAUGGCUGUGGUUUUGUGGUCAAGUUUAUCAACACCUCGACAAGACAUACACACAGAGGACCAACAUCACAAUAACAGAAAAACCAGGAAGAUGGGACUUGUCAACCUCAUCUAAGGGAGUAAAACUCGGACAGAAAAAUCCAGAGAUGGCAUCUUGUAGGCGGUAUGCCAUUGUACUCAAUGGCGCUUCCCUGGUGGCAAGCUGAGUUUUUGAUUUCGUAUUCUCUUGGGUUCACCAGCUGAAUCGAGAUUAGGGAUUUCUGACUGGGAAACAGCUCAUCUCCCAUAGAACACCCCUCCCGGGCAUUAAGCAUUUGCCACUUCUAGUCAGACUACAACCAUCAUCCCACUUGAGUUGGAUUGCUGCAAACAAAAAAUUUGUAUACAAGAGUCAAGUUAUUUUCAAACAACCCCCUACCACAGUUAAAAGGCAACCACUACAAUGAAUGCAACUGAUAGAUAAGUAUCAUCAAACGAUAUCAUUUUAUGGAAUGUUGUUUAAAUGUUAUUGUUGUUUUUAUUAUUUUUCUUUUCGUAGGCCAACCAGAUGAUGCUCACCAGGAUACGGAUGAUGAAAUGGAUUAUGGGGCAGAGCUCGAGAGGCUAAUGGGGGACAACCCACCGCCAAUCAAGAAACGUUUUAUGCGCAUGCAUGCUGAUGACGAGGAGGAAAAAAUUGAGAGAGCCAGACGGUAAAUAUCUUCCAUUGUGUUGUUAAACUCUACUCUUGUGUUUGCAGUUGAUAAGUGUCUUGAUAACUUGUCUACUUUUUAUGACUAGAGCUAAUAUUAAGAAAAUUAUUUUAACUACUUAUAAUAUAUAUGAUUUGAAAGUUUAAAAAAACAAUUAAGUGGGAACAUAAGGUCCAAUAUUGAUUAUAUACCAGUGAAUCAUGGCUUUUAUAGUUUUCAUAUAUAUUUUCAUUCUGGCAUUAUUGGAUCAAACAGUUUAUCGCAGAGUUACAGUAAACACUAUCUGAACAGGCUUCACCAAAACAUUUACUUCAGUCAUUGUCAUUAUACAGGAAUUGUGACAUAUUUUCAUUUGCAUUUAAAACUUCAAUUGGUUGUCUUUUUUUUUCUUAGAAUAUACUUACAUAUUUAUAAGAAAUUCAAGCUCUAACGUUUUGCCAAAUGAAGUAUGCCAUUUAAAAGUAAAUUUCUCUCCGAAUAAAAAUAUGGCCGAUGAUUAUUGUUUUGUCACACUUUUUAAAUUUUUUAAAUUGUUUCAGGUUGGCAAGAAUUCAAAAAGAAACCAAGAAAUGGCCCAAGCAUGAUUUAGAUGCAUACCAAGAAGAUGAAGUAGAGGAAGUGGUCGAAGAAGAAAAAUAUGCCCCGGUUAAAAAGGAAUGGGUCGAUUAUGACAAUGUUGAAGACGAUGACCCUUUUAAUCUUUUCGGGACUGCAAAAGUCGAGGCGGCUCCACCACAUUACGCGUUAUCUGAUAAUGAAAAUGAUGACAUCAGUCACAAACAGAGGCAUAGGAGCCACACAGACAACAGAAGGGAUAAGACGUUACAACAGAGAAUCGGCAGUGGAUUUGAUAAAUCAAGAUCUCAAAGGACAGAGGCCCCCAUGGGCGGCGUGGACCUACGAGCAAAACUUGAAGGAAGGAGGCGAGCAGGAAAUCGAAACUGGUGAAGCAAACUGACGACAGGGAUGUUAUUUCUUUAUGAGUUAGGAUUAGCCGUUAAAUGGGGACGCUCGCUUCUGAUGGCUUUAUUACAACUCUACAUUGUAAGGUGGUUUCUCUUUGUCAUUUCUUGCUGUCAACUUUCCAUUUCACCUUAAUUUAGUUAGGAUUUCUGUGUCUGUGAUACAAAUGACCAAGUAAAAAAGGUAAUAAAAGUAUAUUUUAUGUAUAAGAACCAAUGUUAAUGUAUAAGGAUUUUUUCCAUGAAACCAGAAUAUCCUGACAUUUUCAUAGUUGUGCUCUAGUGGUUGUUUCAUAUACUCUGACUGAAUUGUAACGCAGUUUUGAUAUAAAUUAGAGGAUACAUUGUUGGGACUUUGUCUGUUAAAGAUGACAGUGUCCAAGUUGUUUGUUUUUUUAUAAAACCCUGGUAUUUGAGACGCAAACUAUGGUAUGAGAGACAAAUUGGAAUUUUUGUCAAAUUUAAUCCCAAACUAUCUCAAGUACUUCAAUUAGUCAUAACUUCUGUGAAUUUCAUUUUGCGCACCUAUGGAACACGGCGUUACAGCCAUACUUACAUACCUAGAGAAUUAUGAUUUAUAGUUUAUUAACCGCAUCAGAAUUAUCCCAAAUCUGAUUUAACAAAGUCUGAAUUAUUGAGAAUUUAGUGAAAGAGUUUAUUAAUUUAUUGUCAUGCUGUGCUAUAUUUGACUUUGACACAGACAAAGAUUUGAAUUGGGAAAACCACAUGUAAAUUAUACAGUUGUGGGAAUUCAAAACAAUUUGUGAACCACAUUACAUUAUACAGUUAAGUAGUAAAUAAACCGUGUAAAUGGUAGGUUGCCGUAAAAGUAUCACACACGAGAACCUUUAGCAGAUAUGCUGACAUAUAAUAGAAAUGAAGCAUGUUUUUUAAAUUAUUUUGUUACUGUAAGCAUCGGUGCAACAUUAAACAUGCCUGAUAUGGUGAAGAUGCCUGAAGUCAAUGGUGAGAAAUUAUUUUUGUUACUGUAAGCAUCUGUGCAACAUUAAACAUGCCUGAUAUGGUGAAGAUGCAUAAUUUUCUCCUGUUUUUAAAAAAAUAAUUUUUUUGUGAAGAUGCCUGAAGUCAAUGGUGAGAAAUUAUUUUAAUGAAAUAAUCAAAUCAAAAUGGUGUUAUUUCAUGUAUGUGUGCACAUGGUCACCGUAAUAAUUUUUUUAUUUUAAAAACAUGUUGUCUAAAUAAAUAUGAUAUAAAAUUCUUUUUAUCUGCAUUGUUAUUAAAUAAUGAGAUUUAAUCAAUACAGGAACAUUAUUUCAAUUAUUUUUUUUAUGAAGGGAUUUUUGUAAAAUUCCAGAUUAUUUUAAUAAAUGCUUGUACAAUAAGUUAAAUCUACAACACAUUUUGAUUUACAAUCGAUUCCAAAAACAGGUUUUUUAAAAUCCCUCACUUUUACAAGAAUCAUUGAAAUCAUUAUUUAAGAUUUGAUUAUGAUUUAAGUAAAACUGUUAACUAGCUUAAGAACGGAAGUUACUUAAAUUGUUAGUAGAGCUUUCAAAUAUUUUUUUUGUUUUCCAAACUUUGUCCAAUGGAAGAAAAUUAAUUUAGAAGAAAUUAUUGCUCCUUGUGAAUGGCUGAAAUGUUUUGUUGUUGAUUAUAAAACUCAAACAGAUAUUGUUAUGUAAAAGUUUAACAGAUGUAUUAUUGCCAAUCUUGUGUUGGUGACAGCUAAAAGAGAAGAAAUGUGACAUGAACGAAUAAAUAAUUGUCUGUGUUUUAAUUUCUUUGUGUAUAGAUG